UCUAGUCCAAGAUUUUCUUCUUCGAGUCAUAUCAUAUGCGCCUCUGCUUGUUUUUCCGUUUACUAUUCUUCGAUUUUCUUUGAAUUCUACGGGCAUCUGAUUUGCAUGGGCAAUAAUAGUAAGCCCCCUUCUUUUUCUUCCAUACCCUUCGAAUUCUGGGGAAAAAAGGAAGAAAUUUGAUGAAAUUUCAUUACUUUGAAGGUGGGCAGUUUGGAGAAAGUGCUGAUUGACCUUUUGAAAGAUUUAAUAGAGAGGAAAGCAGGAGAUUGUGUGCCUCCAGAAGGAGAAAUAUUCCCCCCUCAGAAUAUUGUUUGUGUCUACCAAGAGUUUAGUGAUUAUACCGAACAGGAUAGGAGAGACUUUUUGCAUCAUAAAUGGAUAACACGUAUACAAAGAAGACAAAGUGGCAUGAAGAAACCCAGAUGGAUCGGCUAAGCGAUUUGCCUGAUUGUUUACUACAUCACAUUCUUUCCUUUAUGGAUUCUAAAUAUGCAGUUCAAACUUGCAUUUUGUCCAAGAGAUGGGUUAGUGUUUGGACUCAUCUUCCAGUUCUCAAACUUGACUCAAAGUUCUUCAAUAGAGUGGGUAACUUUAGAAGUUUCAUAUCCCAAGUAUUGGACCAUUGCGAGACCUCUAACAUCCUUACACUUAGCAUUUGCUCGCCCAGAAAGAAUUUAGCAAGGUCUCUUGUUGAUAAAAUUAUAAGCUUUGCUGUUUCUCACAGUGUUCAGGAGCUUGAUUUGUCUUUGAAAUACCCUAUAGGUGAGUUGCAAAAUGUUUUCAGGUGUCAAUCUUUAAGGUUUCUCAAACUUGAUUUAUUAUGUGGCCUUCCAUUACCAUUACCAAACUCAAUCAGUUUGGCAUCAUUGAAGACUUUGAUUCUUUGCAAAGUUAGGCUAAAGAGUGAAAACCACUGCUUUGAUCUCUUUUCAAGCUGCUUGGAUUUGCAGAAUAUUGUUUUGGAUCAUGUGUUUUUAACAAUCUCAGACAUCUUCAAUAUAUCAGCUUCUGCCCUAGUCAGUUUGACCAUAUCUAAGAUUAUUUUUUAUGUUGCAAAGGAUGCCAAAAUAAUGUAUUAUGCUCCCAUAAAAGACCGGAAGGUUGUGAUUACUGCUCCCAGAUUGACCUCCUUCAGCUUCACAUGUUACAGACCAAUGUCGUUGUCCAUGGAUAAUUCUCCCCUUCUUGAAAAUGUGAACCUUAGCAUGUCUCAUGAUGACUUAUCGGAUACUCAAGAGGAAGGUUCCUUUAUGUUUCUGAUUGAGAUGUUGCGGCAGCUUGGUAAUGCAAGGUCGCUUACUGUCACAUUAGGUUUAGUUAAGUUUCUCUCACAGCAUUCCAGAUUGCUUGAAGAACAACCAUUUCCCUUUUCUAAACUGGAGUCAUUGAAAGUACUGAGAGGACGACAGAGUUGCAAGAAAAUUCCUCCAAACGUGCUGAACUUUUUGGUUCAGGGCUCUCCCAUGGCUGAAGAGCUUCUCCGGAUGUUCCAGAAGGUAUGUAAAACUGAGAAGUGCUUAACUGCUAUCUCCCUGCAGUGUUAAUUGCAUUCCAUUUUAUGUAAAACUGAGAAGUGCUUGACUGCUAUCUCCCUUGUAGUGUUAAUUGCAUUCCAUUUUAACUCCCAAGUCGUGAUAUUUUGCAAGCUUAAAAGUGCUUAAAUGCUAUCUCUCCAUUUUUUCCUUUUCUUUCCUUUUAUGUUUGUUGUGCAGAAAAGAAGAGUGUGUAAGCAGCCUAUGGAUGAUUGACCAGAUGUAUGACAAAGUAGGACAACAUGAUGUGGCCUCGUUUUGUCUUCUGCUCCAAUUUGUUUUCCGGCUUUUGGUAAUCUCAAUGAUGCUAAUUAGUUUAGAGGGGUGGAUUUUGGAGAGUUUAAAAGUACUUUUUAUGUUGUUUCUUAUCCUGGAAGAAGACUUGUUGGAGGACAAUUUCCAGAGAGAUAAAUACAUAUACAAAAUGGUGUUAAUUUCCGUUUACUUCAUCGUGGCGUGGCUAAAUUAAUGGUGUUAACAUUGUUAAUUACUUGGAUAGACUAUAUUUUGAAUGUCAUCAUCAUGAAGGUUCGCACUUAAACCUUUUUC